CGUGGCAGAUAUCAAAGAUGGCGGGCUGGACGGGGUUUUCGGACGAAGAGUUGGCCAGAAUAAAAGGCGUCCAGGACGGUGGUCCAGGUGGUCAUCAGAAGCGGCGUCCAACCAGAACCCCCCCACAGCGCACCCGACAGCAACAACAGCGCGACAAACUCAUCCAGGAGAAGAUUGCUGAGAUCAACCACAGCAGCGCCAACGGCAAACUGGACUCCUUAUCCACUGGGAACAGGAUGAAACUCGCCGUGAAAAAGGAACAGCCCAAACCCAAGUCUCCCAGUCCACAGACCAAGAAGAAAGUGACUUUUCAGCUCCCAGAGGAAGGAGAUAAUCCUGAGACGACAGGAGGAGGAGACGCAGACACGUCUGGGACACCUGAGACGUCUUCUGAACCUCCUCAGGAGGAGAAGGAGCCUGAGAUGAUCACAGAUGAUAAGGAGGUGGAGAAACGAGAAUAUUCCAAACUGGAGCAGAUCCAGAAACAGCAGAAGGAGAUUGAGGAGUUGAACAAGAGGAAGAAACUUCUGCUGUCUAAAGCCAUCGCUGACAGGAAGAAACGUACCCAGCAGGAGGCGGCCAGACUGAGCCUGAUCCAGAAGGAGCUGGAGAAGAUGGAACACCUGCUGAACGUGGACGUCUCCAUCCUCAGGGACAGGAUCGACGAUGUCAGCAGGGAGUACUCUGAGGCAAGGAAACGGUUACAGAAAGCAGAGGAAGAGUACGUCCAGGCUAAGCUGGAGUUCCAUCAGAAGUCAGAGCUGAAGGAACAGCUGACGGAGCACCUGUACUCCAUCAUCCAGCAGAAUGAGCUGAGGAAGUCACGGAAACUCGCAGAGCUCAUGGAGAAGAUGGAGAUGGUCCAGGCAGGAGAGGAGGAGGAGCUACCUGCCAUGGAGGAGCUGCAUCCUCCCAUGAUGCACCUGGAGUCACCUGGGCUCCAUCCCGAGGCAGCAAAACUGGCCAAUCAGCAGCAGGCAGCGGAAAAACCUGCCGACUCAGCGGAAAAACCUGCCGACUCAGCAGAAAAACCUGCCGACUCAGCGGAAAAACCUGCCGACUCAGCAGAAAAACCCUCCAGUGACGACGUUUCUACUGAAAACACAGGGAGCUCAGCAGAGAAAAGUACAAAUAACGAAAAUCCUCCUACCAAAACUACAGAACAAACUACAGGGGAGGGGGACAAACCACCCAACAGUGGAGGUACAAGAGAAAAAGUUGAUACAGAUGUUACAGCAAAGAAAAAUGACACUGAAACUAAAAGUCCUGAUGAUGCAGGAAGUGGAGAUUCCUCUGUACAGUCAGCGGGAGAUGGGGAUAAGGAGAGGACAGAGAACGGUCCUGAUGCUGAUACACAACAAACAUCACAAUUACAGCAAUGAUAAAGUAAAGGAGCCUUAGAUUUAAGAUGAGGUAAAUGAUUAAAAUUAUGGUUAUUUUAAAAGACCAGAUGAUAAAACAGCAACAUAAUUGUAUCUUCCAUAUAUUACAGUCUAUCCUAAAGUCUUUACUGUACAUACUGUACUAUGCACUGGGGGCAUCAAAUGCCAAAAUCUACUAAACUACAGGCCAGAGUAGAUCCUUUUUUACCCAGCUUUCA